UUUUAGACUUAGACUUUCUCCCAUAUAAGUGUGUGCAGAACCCUAGCUCAUCGUGCAGCCUCUUCGCGCUUACAGGGAGCUCUCACCGCUUCAGCUCAGGCAGUAGAAACAAUGGCUGUCCCCUUGCUUGACAAAAAGAUUGUGAAGAAGCGUGUCAAGAAGUUCAAGAGGCCACAGAGUGACCGAUAUAUUUCUGUGAAGGAAAGCUGGCGGAGGCCUAAGGGUAUUGACUCUCGAGUGAGGAGAAAGUUCAAAGGAUGCACUCUUAUGCCCAAUAUUGGUUAUGGCUCAGACAAGAAGACCCGCCAUUAUCUUCCCAAUGGUUUCAAGAAAUUCGUUGUUCAUAAUGUCCAGGAGUUGGAACUUUUGAUGAUGCACAACAGGACAUACUGUGCAGAGAUUGCACACAAUGUAUCCACCAAGAAAAGGAAGGAAAUCGUUGAGCGAGCUUCCCAGUUGGAUGUUGUUGUGACCAACAAAUUGGCUAGGUUGCGUAGCCAGGAAGACGAGUGAGCUAUAUCUUUUGUUGUAGUUUCAGCCAUUCUGGUGAUUUAUUUACCCAACCAAGUUAUAUUUGUUUUAGUUUGUAUUUCAGACACUCUGACCUUUCGGUUCACUGUUCAUUUUUACAUUUUUGCUUUAUUAUGUACUCUGUAUCCUUCUGCCAAGCUUUUGCGUGCUGGAGUUUUGUUAUGGAAAAUGAUAUUUGCAUUUAUCUGA